AAGUGUAUUUUACUCUCUCUCUCUCUCUCUUUUUUCUUUUGAGCAAACAUAAAAGUGUAUUUUACAUUUUCUUAAAACCAAAUCUGAAAUUUCCAUUUAUUCCGGAGAUUUUCUUCUCUGUACAUCUCCCCUCUGCUCUUCAAAAGUGAUACUUGGAGUCGGAAGAAAAAAAAAUAAAUAUAUAUAUAUAUAUAUAGGACUCAACGGAUCUUGUUCUUAGUUUUCUUAUAAUUAUCAGAAACCGAAAGACUCUCUCUCAGCCAGAGUCUUUUCAAUAUUUUCAAAAUUUUCCGAUGAGGUGUAAGAGACAUACAGUUGACUCCAGCAGCACUAUCGGCGUUUGCGCUUCUUGUCUCCGUGAACGUCUCUUCUCUCUCGCCGCCUCUGAAGACAACGAUCAUCAUCAUCAUGUCCAUUCAAGAACUUCUCCUCCUCCUCCUCCUCUGGUUUUCCCUCGCUCUGUUUCUCCUUACGCUGCUGCUAGAAACUCCGACGCCGGAGGAGGAGGAGACUCUUUAGCUUCUUACGGCGGAGAAGGAUCAAAGUCAUCGGCAAAAGUCUUUGAAACCAACCGAUCGGUUAAGAAGAAACAGACCGGUUUAUCUCGGUUCUCUACCUUAUUCGGAACAGACCGGUCAUGGUUCUCCAAGGUCCUCUCCCCACGGUCGAAAACUACUACGUGUUACAUCGAGGACUUGAUCGCCGCCGAAUCAAAUCAUCACCAGCAACGACCUAGGCAUAGCUACUGCAAAGGAAUGUCUCCGGCGAACGAGCUGGAAUCUUUUGAUGAUUCUCCGGGGAGAGCAAGAAGAACGCCGGCGACGGGAACUCCGGGAAGAAGAAAGACGGCGGCGGCGACGAUGGGUUUGUGCUUGAGUCCGCUAGUGAGAGCUAAGCCUAACUGUUCUUUUGGAUAUACCGGUUAUCAUCCAAAAUCUCCGGUUAAGCCACACAUUUCAACGGCGACGUCUUUUAGCGCGAACCGGUCUAAGAAGCUGGCCGAUUUAGGUAGAGCUGAUAACCGCCGUUGACUUUUCUUUCUUUCUUUAUUUGGUUAUAAUUUGACCGUUCUAUACGAAAUUACCUAAAAUGUCACUCACAAUAUUCAACGUAAGUUAUAUGGUGGCUUUACUAUAGCAACAUAUAGAGAAGUGGAAUAUAUAUAUAUUUAUUUAUAAUGAAAAAAGUUUCUCAUUGUAUAUUAAACUGGUAAAUGUUUUUUUUUUUUCGUUUUCUCUUUAUCUUCAAAUCAAGUUAUAACCAAUCUUUAUCAUAUUGAACCGGUUUAGUCAUCAACCGAAAAGUUUAUUAGAAAAUAUGAGUGUGUAAACAAUUAAAAUGAAUAACAGAAUAUGAUACAUACGUCCAAAUUUUACACAUGAAAUCAAUUGAUCAUAAUAUAUAACAUGUGCCGUUUUAUAUGAACUAGGCAACCUUUAAUAUUUCUGAUAUGAUAUCACUUUCGCCUUACAUUAUUAUAUAUCAAUCAAUAUAAAUCAGAUGCAAAAUAUUUAUUCAACCUUCUUGAUAUAAUUAUAAACCAUUUUAUGGUUUUGUAAAUUAAGCAUCAUAUAAUAGAAAGUAAUCAUCUCGAUGUUAUUCAUAUUUGUAGGGAUCACAU